GUUUGUCUUUGGGUGCGUGUGUGCUUUUUCUUGUUUGGUCGUCGUAUAUAGGGCUGUGCCUUAACAACUGAACUUCAAUUGUUGAGCAAAGAUAAACUCUGCAAGUAUCGACCACAUGGUUGUGCGAGGCACGACAUGGUAUUCGCCCCUGGCAUUUAUAUCGCCCAGACGAUGCCAGAGUUGAGGACUGCCACAACUUUCUCGCCACCAGAUAUCUUCGACUGCCGGAUGACGGCGGGCGACACGCGGUGCCCGGAAUUCAACUGUACACCCGGAAUCAAGAAUACCUACUACCGGCUUCCGUCUCAACAGUGCUUCACCAUCGAUGUGAACGCGAUGCAAAAGGACGAUCCUCUAUUCAAGGACUGCCCUCAACAGGCGAAGUGGGAGUUGGAGCUUCGCUACCGAUGGUCCAAGGAGUCCACAAUGCUGCUGCUUCCCGCCUGGUCGUACCCCAUCUUCGUGCACCAGACGGGUCACUGUCCCCCGGACAAAUUGCCCGCCGUCGUCUUGCUGCCGGGCAAAGUCAUCCAGGUCACCGUCAAGCAGCUGCGAACAAUCAGACUGCCAUCGCCGUACAAGAGCAUGUGCACAGACUACAAGAGCAUGGGAUCCUUCCCGGAGUUCAAGGGAUUCCUCAAUCACGACCUCUGCAUGCAGAAGUGCAGCAUGGAACUCGAGGUGCGACACUGCGGCUGCGUGCUGGCAGAUUACGAGUUCACCGCCAGCUACCCGGCCCCAACGUGCGAUUUCGGUCCUACAGACACCUGCUACAACGCUCUCAUGGGAAAUGGCUCCUACGACGAGUGCAAGCGCUCCUGCACGUUGCCUUGCGAGCAAGUCCACUAUGACGUACGGAUGUCCAGCAUUUCUGACGACGAGGGACCUUACAGGCAAACCUUCAAGCUCAAGUUGAAGUACCGCUCCGAUGUCGAAGAUCUGGUUAUCUACCAUCCCACCCUUACAAUAAUAGAACUUGCGGCCUACACGGGCGCGUAUCUGGGAAUAUGGCUCGGUACAUCUGUGGUCACCUUUCUUCUAGACCUUCACACAAAGGCCAUGCAGCACAAGUGGGUAUCUUACUCCACGUGCAGGUUGCAUCCAAAAUGA